UGGUAGCUAGGGGUCAGGAGGACUUAUAUGAGAGGGGAGUGACUCGUUAUCCAACUUUGGAGGUCGGGCCUCGCAGCAUGGCGGUCAUCACGUCUGACCAAUGGCAGGCCUUGCUGGACGCAGCAGACGAGAGUCAGAAACCGUUCUUUCAAAAAUUGUAUGAUGAUGCCGUACAGAGGGAAAGGGAGGUGGAGGCAGCAGCUAGAGCUACGAGCAUAGUUGCGCAAGAGGCCCUCCUACAGGUCCCGGAAGCCAAUGCUGACCGGUUCCAGGAGAGGCUAGCUGCUGCCGUCGCAGCCUUGGUCCGACUGCGGAACUUGGAAGAUCUCGAGUCCCGUGUGACAGCACUUGAGCAGCGGAACCAAAAGCUGCAGGCUAAGGUAAUUAGCCUUGAACAGUCCCAACUAUCUGCCCCUCGCCUUCCUAACCCUCGAUCUGCUGUAAUGCCAGUCUCUCAGCCUAGCACAACCCUCGUUCCAAGGGCCAGCGGAACUGUGGCAAGUACAGGAAUCGGUGCCAGCUCCUCAAGCGGCAGCACUGGCGAUUCUGCGCUGGUCGCAGUCCCAAAUGCAGGGACUUCAGCCCAAAACGCCACAGUUCUUACUGGCGUUCAGUACAGCGGUCCCAUGGUGGACAAGCGGGCGGCCACGCUGCCGUCCAAGUACGACGGGAAGGCUGACAUCACCUCUAAGAUUAGUUCCAUGCGGUCGUACUUCGAGGUCAUGCGGAUACCGCAAGAGGACCGAAGUAUGAUCAUGGGAACUAAUACCGAGUCUGCCGUACGAAACCACAUUGAGCUCCAAGCUGUUGCUGCAGGCUAUGCACGCAUAGACCUCACUGAUUGGCUGAAGGUCACCCCUGUUCGCACCCUUGAGGAUCUUCUCCUUGACCGGUAUCAGGAUAAACAUGCUGCGCUCAAGGCUAGACUGAAGCUUGAGGCCCUCAAGGGCCAAACAUGGAGGUCAUCCAUGCAGGCUUUGGAACAACACUUGACUGGUCUAUUCACCRCUCCGGAUCUAGGAAUGACUGRCGUGUCUUGCAUGRAUGUAGUCAUGGGAGUGGCCCCUAAAGAAUACCUCUYCCUGCUAGCACUCAAAGACCAUGCUACCUGGCGGGAGCUCAUGAAGGACCUAGUCGACCUAGAGGCCAAGGACCUCGCCAGGCGCAAGAAGGCGCCCGCUGCAGGUGGGAAACCACAAUGCAAGCGGUUUGGAAGCAGCAACCAGCUUGCACUGCAUGAUCAUCGGGAGGCUGACGAUCAGUCCUAUGCGGAUGAUCUGUCUCUAGAUGACGAUCUAGAGCCGAACUCCGAUACGGGUUGUUCCACAUCAGCCAUUGAGUGUGACCGAAAUGAUGACGAAAAACUUGAUGCAUUCAGAAAGAUUGCUUCGAAUAAGGGGCCUAAUCGUGGUUCGGAUGAGGAUGAUCCUCCACCAGAAAUCCCAGCGAACAUUCGUCAUCUAUUAGAUCGAUUUCCUGAAGUGUUGGCUGAACCUCGCGGAGUUCCCGAGCGUCCAGUCAAGCACAAAAUCGAGAUAAUAGAAGGGAGUGUUCCUCCAAAGGGCUGCGUCAACCGUAUGGGACGAGGCGAGUUGGAGGAGCUGUGGAGGCAAAUUGAUGACAUGAUUGAUCGUGGAUGGAUUAGGCCUAGCGAGUCUGAGUUCGGCGCACCUGUUUUGUUUGUGCCGAAGAAAGGAGGCAAACUUCGGAUGUGCAUUGAUUAUCGUGGUUUGAAGCGAAUCACAAGGAAGAAUGGUUACCCUUUGCCUCGUAUAGAUGAUCUGUUGGAUGCGGCCGGUGGAUGCAAAGUCUUCUCCAAGAUCGACCUCAAGUCUAGCUACCACCAGAUUGAAGUUGAUCCGAGCGACCAGCACAAAACUGCGUUCAAGACACGCGACGGGCUCUACGAAUUCAUCGUUAUGCCCUUCGGCCUUACGAACGCACCAGCCACAUUUCAGUCCCUCAUGGACAAGGUACUCCGCCACCAACUUAACAUGUUUGUGGUUGUGUAUCUUGAUGACAUUCUGAUUUUUAGCAAGUCCAUGGAGGAGCACGUCAAGCAUCUCGAGGAGGUCUUGCAAGUCCUCAAAGAUGCUCAACUGCACCUCAACUUGAAGAAAUCCGAGUUUGGCAGGGACAGCGUCAUCUACCUUGGGCACCGGUUGUCUGCAAGCGGUCUUGAGCCGGAGGCAACCAAGGUUGAGGUCAUCCGCAACUGGCCUCAACCGACGAAUGUACGCGAGCUGCGUUCUUUUCUUGGUUUGGCUUCUUACUACCGGAAGUCUGUGCCUAAGUUCUCUGUCAUUGCUCACCCACUCUCACGCCUGACUAGUAAAAAUGUUGCCUAUGCGUGGUGUGAAAAGUGUGAGACUGCGUUCCAAGCCUUGAAAGAGGCUUUGUAUUUGACUUGCCUUGUGGACUCGUACGACCUCCGGAGGAAACUGAAGGAGGAUCUGGUCGAGCACACUGCCAAGGAUCCGGACCUUAGUCCCAUCCUUGAGCAGCUCAAGGCUGACCCCAAUAGUCAGCCUGAUUUUCAUGAAUGCGAGGGUCUUGUAUUUCGUCGGUACGGAAAGUUUGACCGUCUGUGUGUACCCAAUCAUGCGCCUCUCCGAACUCACUUCUUGGAUUUGGCGCACGGUCAGAGUGGACAUUUUGGCUUUGAGAAGACUUAUGGAAGUCUUUUGCAGCAAUUUGAUUGGCCAGGAAUGAAAGGAUCUGCUCAGAAAUUCAUCGUUGAAUGUCAAGUAUGCCAAAGAAUCAAGGUCCACAGGCAUAAGCCUUAUGGCCUACUGAGACCUCUCCCCAUUCCUGAUGGACCCGGUGAAUCGAUUUCCAUCGAUUUCACGGACAUGGGAAAGGUGAGUGAGGCUAGGAAUUCACAAGUCAUGGUCAUUGUGGACCGCUUCUCCAAAUUUCUGAACUUGAUUCCUCUCCCUUCUCACGCCCCGACUGAACUUGUAAUAGAAGAAUUCCAUCAGCAGUACAUUCUGCAGUCCGGCGUCCUGAAAACUAUUGUGAGUGAUCGGGACACCAGAUUCAUCAGCAAAGAUUGGAAAGACUUAAAGUCUCAGAUGUACGACAUCAAACUGAACAGGACUUCUGGUCGACACCCCGAAGCCAAUGGAUUGGCUGAGGAGAUCAACCAGACUGUCAUCCAAUUGCUUUGCGCACUAAUUGUUCCAGAUUAGAACACGUGGGACAAGGAAUUGCACAAAGUGAAGGGGUUGUACAACAACUCCAUCCAUUCUGCGACUGGUGUGACACCAAACCAAUUGCAGUAUGGAUGGCAUAUGCGGAAUCCCCUCUCCUAUCUGUUCCCCGAAUGGUCACCUGGUCUGAUGCCCGGCAUGCCUGGCUACAAUGCCAAGUACGCGCGCUUGCUCAAGGCUGCUACAGCAGCUAUGAACAAGCGCCAGCAUGCCAUGAUCAAACAUGCCAAUAAGCUGCGCAAAGAAGAAAAAUUCAUAGUAGGGGAUUAUGUUUGGGUCAAAAUGUCUGAGUUUUCUGAUGAAGAGGGCAUAUCACGGAAGCUUCUUCCACUGUACUACGGCCCUUGGCAGAUUCUGAAGGUAGUCGGGGAUGACUUCGGUCCUUCGUACGUGAUUGACGUGCCUCCUCACCUGCGCACAUGUCCAGUCUUCCAUGCCUCCAAACUGUUCCCACACAUUGAUGAUGAGACUUUUCCCUUCCGUGACCCUAUGAUACCUCGCCCUAUCGACGGCGGCCAUGAGAUUGACAUAAUCGUUUCUCACGAGGGGAGAGGGAGGAACAGACAAUACAAAGUUCAUUUCCUCUACCACCCGUUGAACGAAUUCUUCUGGAUCGACCGGAAAGAACUGAUAAAGAGUGCUCCACGUG